CUCUGUCUGUAUAUAUUUAUCGCCAUUAAAGAUGAAGGAAUGGGUGACGGUGAAGAGAAGAGAAAGAUGAAGGACGGAGGUUCAAAGUUUUGCAGGAAAAAGUUGGAGGAGAAUUCAAAUGAAACUGAUGGUGUUCCUCACUGUUUUUCCUGUUUACCCAUCAUCUUCAAUAACUGCAACUCCCUCCUCCAAGCUCUCAUCAGGUUUCUAGGGUUUCAACUUCAUACACAACACCCACAUCAUUCUUCUUCCUCCCCUACAGCUAACGGAGCUUACCACCUGAUAUCGUCCUCACCGGAGCUUUGCUACCCCGGCGGCUCGGAUCUGCCUCCCACAAUGGCCGACCCACCGCCCGACGGAUCGGGUUUCAUGCAGGGCCGGGAAAGUGAGUUCAGCAGACGUGCUCCUCCGCCACGGAGGAGCACCGGCGGCGGUGGUCAGACCAACUAAGAUAUCGGCGACUUUUAAUUUUAUUUUUAUUUUCCUUUCUCUUUUUUUAUCCCUUCUAAUUCUUGUGGAGUUAUAUAAUAUAUAUGUAUAUUAUACAAAUCGAAUUAAUUACAAACUUGCUUAAUUAAUUAUGCAACUACCAGGAUCAUCAGAUGUUGAUUAGUUUGGUUUAGUUUAGGGAGGGUAAUUAUGUCUAUUUUGGAAAGUUUUGGCUCAGUUCAAUAACCAUUUUGUUUUUAUA